AGUGAGGUACCGCAUGUAUGAAGCCAACAGUUCUGAGGCGCUGGAGCUCUUCUCGGUCAACCCCACCACCGGAGAGGUCACCGUGGCACAGACCAUCCACAGCCGAGAAAAUGAGGUGUACCAGUUUUUCAUCCGUGGCGAGGACAGCGGCUCCCCCCAGCACCACUCCGACGUGCCCGUCACCAUCUUCCUGCUGCCCCCUCAUGAGAACCCCCCGCACUGCGCCAGGAAGUAUGCACAGUUCUUCAUCAGGGAGGACCCCCCAUCGGUGAGCACCCACAGCUAUCAGUAAUAUAACACACACACACACAUACACAUAAAAAAAUAAGAUAAAAUUAAAAAGUCACUGGUAAAAUGCAUAUUAUUUAAGAAAAUACAAGGAAGGAAACAAUAUGCAGAUCACUUGGCACACACACACACACACACACACACACACACACACACACACACACACACACACACAGGCAUUUGAUAAGAGACUGAUGUGGAAAUUAGAAAAUAGAGGAGGAUUGGGAGAAAAAUGACUAUGGAUGAAAAAUUACCUGACAAACAAAGAAAUGAGAACCGUGUUGAAAGGUGAGAUAUCAGAAUGGAGAACGGUCACAAGUGACGUUCCACAAGGGUCAGUGUUAGCGAAUAUUAUGUUUUUAAUAUUUAUAGAUGAUAUGCCAGAAAAAGUAAAGAGUUA